UCGCCGUUUCUCUUUCUCAGCAGCCAUGACGUCACGGUUAGCAUUGAUUGGACAAAACCGGAUCAAUCCACGCGGGUCAAGGGUUACACACGGAAGAAGUGGCUAAAAAAACUUAAAAUACACAUACAGACGGACGAUUCUAACAAAUUCGGAACAUUUUGUUGGUCAAAGAAAACAACGAGAAUGUUGUAAAAGAAACCUAUUCAAAAACAAAUAGGGUGGGCGAAAAAUCGGAGAGACGGACUGUGUUGUCGUGUUGUGAUCGCCGGUCCACGGAGCUUCACUCUAUCUGUCGGCAUCACUAUUUUCAGGCUGUACAUUUCUUUUGGGCACCGGAUUAAACUGCCGCCGCUCUCGCUGAAACAAAGGAUUUGCCCCACUGGUCACCCUAGAACAACUUACUUGUCCAAUAUGACAACUGAAACCCAUGUUAAGGACAUCAAACCUGGGCUUAAGAACCUAAAUGUGCUCUUCAUAGUCCUUGAAACAGGUCGUGUCACCAAAACCAAGGAUGGCCAUGAGGUGCGCACAUGCAAAGUGGCAGACAAAACAGGCAGCAUCAGCAUUUCGGUAUGGGAUGAAGUGGGCAGUCUGAUCCAAGCAGGAGACAUCAUCCGGCUUACAAAGGGGUACGCAUCAGUGUUCAAAGGCUGCCUGACACUUUACACAGGCCGAGGAGGGGAACUCCAGAAGGUUGGAGAGUUUUGCAUGGUGUACUCAGAGGUACCAAAUUUUAGUGAGCCCAACCCAGAAUACCUUGCCCAGGUGAACAAAACGCCUGCAAAUGACCAAGGAGGCUCAUCCAAUCAAAACAACGGCACAGCAGCAGCAAAUCCAGGAAACAAUGAAACAUCCAAUGGAAAUGGAGUCAGUGGGCCAGUCCCAGGAAACUCCACUGGUCAAGCACAAGGGGUCAGGAAUAAUGGGAGAGGCUCUUCCAAUCACCAGACUGGAGCCACAGCGGCAACAGCCGUCAGCAACGGGAAAGAGACUCGACGCACUGCUAAAAGAUGAUCCGCUGCUCCAGAGGGACUUUAUUUCUUUUUUUCCUUGACUAGUCCAGUAUUGGAGGUUGGAGGCGUCCAUAUGAAUCCCAGUCUGCAGGGACAGCAUUUUGGUAAAGUCCUUUGGACUUUUUUUUUUUUAACAUACAUAAUAAUUUCAGUUUUUCUAACUGCCUCAUUUAAAAGGCAUCUAACACUCCCAACACUGGAUUAUUUUCCUCUUCUGUGAUGUCCAAUGAGACGCCUGCACUGUACUCACUGGAGAGUAAGGGGAUACAUCUCCACUGUUCUCUCUCAUUUUAUUUCAGAGCUGUAACACAAACGAUAGGACAGCGAUCAGCAACAUAGCCUUGAUCUUCCGUAGUGCUGGAGUCUGAGUGCCGUAUCAAGACCUUAGAAAAUGAAUGCAUUGCACUUGUCAUUUACUUAGAGCAUUUAUUGUAUAGUUAAAAUAAAGCUGAAAAUUGCACUCAGUGAAACACAAAGGCCAUAUAACGUAUGAAUUCAAAUCUUCAUAUAUCUGCAUUGUUACUUUUUCUUUUUAAUUACGAUCUCCUAUUCUUUGUCAUAUUCAGUGCCUAUAAAAAGUGUUUGCCCUCUUGGAAGUUUUCACGUUAUUAUAAUACAACAUUGAAUCCCAGUGGAUUUAAUUUGGCUUUUUUUGACAAUGAUCAGCAGAGAAAGACUCUUUAAUGUCAAAGUGAACACAGGUCUCUGCAGAGUAGUCUUAAUUAAUUACAAAUAUAAACCAUAAAAGUAUUCUCCUCCUUCAUGUCAGUAUUUAGGUAGUCAUGACAGCCUUGUUUGUGUGCACAGAUCUGUUUCUAUCAGCUCUGCCAUUUUUCUCCAUUCUUUUUUACAAAACUGCUCAAGCUCUGUCAGGUGUCAUGGGGAACACAAGUGAACAGCUUUUCUCAAGUCCAGCCACAAACUCUCUAUGGGAUUGAGAUCUGGACUCUGACUUGUUCACUCCGGGACAUCUACAUUGUUGUUUUAACAACCCACAAAAAUAUAACUGGUGCGGCCCAUUUCUUUUUAGAAGUCUCGUCAUAAGUUCAGCAGAGAUAACCUGUCUGGAGUUUUCAGUUCAUUGUAAGGAACAACUUCUGAUGAGUCAGUAUGGUGGCCUAAGCUACACAAUGAAGAGAAACAAACACAACAAGCAACUCCAUGAAAAACACAAGCCAGGCAAAGGGGACAAGAAAAUCUUGAAGUCACUGAAUAUCCACUUAAACACAAAGAAAUGGAAAGGGUAUGGCAGGGCUGGAAAUCUGUUAGAGAAAGCCAUCGCCAAAAACCAAAGAAGACGAGUGAGGGAGGUCACCAAGAGACCUAUGACGACUCUGGAGAAGUCACAAGCUACAGUGGCUGUGCAGGCAACAAUCGUACACAGGUGCUUCACCAGCCACAGAUUUAUGGGAGAGUGGCAAAGUGAAAAAAUCAUGCUGGACAUCUUGGCUAGAGUUUGACAGAAGGCACAAGGGGGACUCCGGUGUAAGAUGGAAGAAGCUUCUGCAGUCUGAUGAGACCAAAAUUGAGCUUGUUGGCCAUCAGAUUAAAUGCCAUGUUACGCUGUAGAUUAUCACAAACACACCAUUCCCACCGGAAGGCAUAGUGGUGGUGGCAUCAGGCUGUCGGUAUGCUUCUCCGCACCAGGCUUGUGAGGGAAAAAUGAAUGAAGAAAACUACAGGAAAAUCUUAGAGAAAACCUGAUGUGGUCCUCAGGAAUCCUGCACCUUGGGAGAAGACAAUAAAUCCAAGCAUAAAGCCAAAGCUACAAAGGAAUGGCUACAGAACAACAGAGUGGCAGAGUCAGAGUGUAGAUCUCAAUCCAACUUAGAAUUUGUGGCUGGACUUGACAAAGGCUGUUCACUCACAAUUACCAUAGCACAUGACAGGGCUUUAGCAGUUUUGUAAAGAAGAAUUAGGAAAACGGGAGAGCUGAUUGAGAGAUACUUGUGCACACAGACUCAAGGCUUUUAUGGCUGACACUGACUUGAAGGGGAUGAAUACUUAUUUAGUGUUUCACAUUUGUAAGUAAUUUAGACCACUUUGCAGACAUCUGUUUGUACUUUGGCAAUAACCUAUUGGUGUUAAUCCUGAUUAUGAACAUGCUUGGAAUUCUAUGUAAAUACGGUUAUUCCUGGGUCAGACUCAGAGUGUCGUGUAAUGACCUGCUUUACAGCAUUAAGCUCGAAUAACGCUCAGCACAGUACACUUCUGCCAUCUAGUGGAUGAAAUAACAUCAUGCUGCAAAAAAAAUCAUGUACAUUUCUAUGCAUACUGCCACACUACACUAACUCAUCAAUAUUCAUGAGUGGGGUGGAGCCUUCGCCCAAAACACGAUGGCAUGUAAACAAGAAGUUGUAAAGCCAAGCUAAAACUGAACCAUUAAUUGAAUCAAGUGACCAUGAUGACUAUGUGAAAUGGUCAUCAGUGAAACUAAUGCAUUCGGACCUGUACAACUGAACUGCUGUGAUAUGCCUGGAGAAUCUGGUUGCCUGAAGGUUUACUGUGGUGUAAGUAGAUGCUUGAUAAAAAGGUAAAAUAAUUGCGGUUGACUAGAGAAACAACAAAGACUUUAGCCUCCUAAGUACUGGUCACAGUGCAGAAGCUGUCAGUGCUCAUGCUAAGGGAAAUGUGGAAGUCACUAAGCCUGGCACUGUGGUACCCUCCAAUAACACAAGGGGCAGCAUCCAUCAUGUGGUUCAAGCAUUGACAUUCAAGCAACAGAAAAACAAAUAUAAGAAAAGUGUGCAAAGAAACGGACUUGUACUGGCCCGAUUGUGACGUUGGGCUGCACGUUAGUGUCUGUUUCAAAGCACAUCACAUGAAGGACAUGCACUAAAUCUUCAUCAGUACAGCAGUGGACACUUGACAGAUCUCUUCUACUGUAUUUAUGUUGACAUUUUUGUAUUUACAUGUUUUUGUUACACGUAAUGACAUUUUUUUCUAGUUGAAAAAAAUGGAAUGUUUUUGACUCAUUUUUACUUUCUCGUAUAAAAAGUAUAGGGAAAAUAUUGUAAUCAUCCAAAGAUUCAGUGUUGAGAUUUUGAUGAAUCUCGAUGUUUAGACCUCCCUGACUUUUCCGUAUACAAAGUAUAGGAAAGUAUUGGAAUCCUCCAAAAAUUCCAUUUUGAGAUUUUGAUGAAUCUCAAUGUUUUAGACCUCCCUGAGUCUGAAAAUACCAUUUCUGGAAAUACAUGUGUGU